AUGCAAGGUUGUGAUGAAAAUAUACUAACAUCGUCGGACAAAAUUAUGGCUUUCAUCGAAAAAUUGAAUUUAUGGAAAACUAAAAUUAAUCAAGAAUAUCCAGAGAUAUCUAUAAAACCACUGACUAUUCUUUUGCCGUUCUCGACCUCAUAUCUUUGUGAACAAGGGUUUUCAGCGCUUACGAAUAUAAAAAAUAAAAAACGAGAAAAACGAGAAAAACUAAAUUCAGUGGAAGAAGAAAUGAGAGUUGGUUUAAAUUUUGACUUCAUUGCAUUGAACUUGAUUGGAUUUAUGUUAUAUUCGAUGUUCAAUGUUGGUCUAUGGAUACCUGAAAUUGAAAAAGACUACUUUGCCCGAUAUCCUCGUGGACUAAAUCCAGUUCAAUUAAACGACAUAUUCUUUUCUAUUCAUGCUGUAUUUGCUACUUUAAUAACUGUGACCCAAUGUUAUUUUUAUGAGAAAGGUGAUCAACAACUUUCUCGGACAGUAAAAUCAAUCAUGUCCUUUUACGGAUUACUAAUAGCCAUACUAUUAGUUCUAGUAUAUUUACAAAAGAUAGUAUGGCUGGACUUUCUUUAUUAUUGUUCAUAUAUCAAGUUGACUAUAACACUCAUCAAAUACAUUCCACAAGCGGUAAUGAAUUACAAGCGUAAGAGUACAAUUGGUUGGAGUAUCGGCAACAUAUUCUUAGAUUUCAUAGGAGGAUUACUUAGUAUAUUACAGAUGAUUAUCAACGCAUAUAACUACAAUGAUUGGGCCUCAGUGUUUGGUGAUCCGACCAAAUUUGGUUUGGGUUUGCUGUCAGUGAUUUUUGAUAUAUUGUUUUUCCUACAACAUUAUGUAUUCUACAGGCCCGAACGUGGUUGGUCGUACGAUAGAGACUACCCCAAAGGAGUUACAUGGACGGACGACGAAGAUCCAUCCGGUAUUGUCCGGCUGCCUGAGUACACCAAACUAGAACAACUUGGUGUAGUUUCCUAA